AUGCAGGUCUCUGGGAGGGUCUGCAUGCCACAGGUCGUGACUGGCUCGAAGCUGCGUUCCUUGACGGAUGCAGCUUUGGCGCACCUGCGGGGUGCUGGCAAGCAGCACACCAUGCAGGAGGAGUACCAUCACUAUCCACGCAAGGCCGAAAUGCCUUCCGACAUGCACAAGGCGUACAUGAGACGGCGCGUGCAGGUGGCCCAAGAGCUGUGGAAGUUGAUGGGUGUGGCGAGGGGUGACGCAGCAGGACGCCUUCGAGCGCUGCUGGAGAACUAUCGCUUCUGGGGCGCUCCUGUGGGCAUGAUCGUCACUGUGGAUCGCUGUUGCGACCGAAAUGCUUGGGGACAUGCUGGGCUGCUUCUCCAAAACAUCGCUCUGCUAGCUGUGGAGCAUGGCCUCGCCACCGCGAUGCUGGAAGCCUGGGGAAACCUGGGCAGUUGUGUCUAUGAUGUGCUCGGCAUCUCCUCCGACAGAGAAGUGGUGUGGUGUGGAGUGGCGCUGGGCUACCCUGACAACUCUGCGAACUUGAGCAACGUGCCAACAGACCGGCUGGAAGUGCCGGAUUUUUGCCAGUUUCACGGCUUCGUCACCAGCGCCAAACUGUGA